UUGCUGCGGUUCGUGAUUCCGGAUGUCCUCAAGGCGUUCAUCGUACUUGGACAUUACGAGGACCCGAAGGAGGACAGGUCCCAAAAGUACGACGAUCGACCUUUGCUCAUAGAGACCGUCACGGCGUUCGGGGCCCGAGAAAGGAAACCUCCCCACUCACAGUCCGACUACCAAGUCUUCUUGAAGCUUUCACAGUACAUUGCGCGGAUGGUCCAAUCCGCGCCGCGGAUCUCGUUCCAAUGUUUCAUGGAGAUGCUCGUGACCUACGAAGGCCUGUUCGAGACGCAGUGCACCGUCUGCCAGCGCGUGCUGUCGGCAGAGGGCUCCAUUCCGCCCGUCGCGCGUGUGUGGCGGGCGCGGGAGGGCGCAGAGGGCGUCUGGGAUCCAAGGCAUGUAACGUGCCUGCAAAAUUGA